UCUAAAGAAGACCUGAGCAAAAUUUCAGAAGAGGAGAUGCUGAGGUGGAGCAAGGAAGAGCUGGUGAAAAGACUGAGGAAAGUGGAGAAUGAAAAGAUGAACUUAAUGGUGGAACAUGGCAACUUAAUGAAGGACGUGAACCGGCGGCUGCAGCUCCACCUGCAUGAGAUCCGCGGGCUGAAGGAGGUGAACCAGAAGUUGCAAGACGACAACCAGGAGCUGAGGGAGCUCUGCUGCUUCUUGGACGACGACCGGCAGAAAGGCAAGAAGCUGUCUAGGGAAUGGCAGCGCUUCGGGAGGCACACGGCCAGCGUGAUGUGGAAGGAGGUGGGCAUGUACCAGCAGAAGCUGAAGGACCUGGAGGCGAGGCAGGAGACCCUCCUGCGGGAGAACGUGGAGCUGAAGGAGAUGGUGCUCAUGCUGGACGAGGAGCGGAGCGGGGCCGGCUCCCGCAGCUCCAUCGACAGCCAGGCCAGCCUGACCAACCUCAACGGCGGCUCGGCCACCAGGGACGUGGGGGGCGGGAGCAGANNNGUGGGGGACGGGAGCAGCACCUCCAGCACGGGCAGUGCGGGCAGCCCCGACCACCAUCACCACCACCUCCACCACCACAAGGCCGGCGACAGCAAGGCCGGGGCCAUGCGGAGGUCUAUGGAUGACCUGUCCGCGCCCCUUCACCACCGGAGCAUCCCCAACGGCCUCAACGAUUCGUCUUCCAACUAUAUCAGGCAACUUGAAACAAAAGUGAAACUGCUGGAGGAUGACAACAAGCUUCUUUCCCAGCAGUCCAGCACAGGGGACCUGAGGACUCUGAGGAAAGGGUUGUCCCCGUACCACUCUGAGUCACAGCUCUCUUCACUGCCACAGUAUCAAGACGCCCUGCAAAACGGACCAGCUCGCAUGACAUCUGAUCUUGCAUCUUCUCCUGCAGCAGGAUAUGUCCCUGUUGGUCAGAAACCAGAGGCUGUUGUGCAUGCUAUGAAGGUCCUUGAGGUCCAUGAAAAUUUGGACAGGCAAAUGCAAGACAACUAUGAAGAAGACCUGAGUGAAAAGGAGAAGGCGAUUGUUCGUGAAAUGUGCAAUGUUGUCUGGCGAAAGCUGGGUGAUGCUGCGAGCUCCAAACCCUCCAUCAGGCAACAUCUUUCGGGAAACCAGUUCAAGGGUCCCUUGUAG